AUGUACUCGAAGUGGUACUUUGAGCUGGCCAAUGUCUCGAUCGAGUCUCCGGCUGCAUCGAUUCGUGUUGGCUGGGGCAACACUGAAAGCUACGAUACUCAGCCGGGUGGCGGACCAGGGUUGGGUGUUGCCGCCCUCGGCGACUACCUCUUCAGCUAUACCUCUGACGGCAAGAGAUUGUGGAUUGCAGGCCGAGAGAAAGAGAUCACUGCAGGAGUAAGUUCAAUUUUCUAUCUGCAUAAUCGUGUCUUAUUGAGUUCUGAAAAUAAGCGUUAA